CAGCGACUGGCCCACUUACGUCGAAACGGUGUUUGUACCGGUCACAGUAGAGCGACUCAAGUCCAGCAACGAAUGCAACAGCUGGUAUUAGAGCGUGAAUGGCUCCGAGAAGAGAGUGUGCAGCUAUAUCAAAAGCUCAAAGAGCACCGGAAGGUUACUCAAUUCGUUCAGUCUGCAGCGAAAACAAUCGCUCCGACACUAAGCACUGACACGACCCAAGUCCAUAGCGACGUCACAGUGCGUUGUAUUGAGUCAAAGUGGCAGCCAGUCCAGCAACAAGCCGGCUGCAGAGUGCAUUUCCCGAUGAGCCAAGCGUUUUUCUUCCUCCCCUUCUCACAACAAGAGUUCGACGAAGCCCUUCAUCACCAUGACGAGAAAUCGGGAAGGACGGCGUCCGAGUUAGUGUGUGUUGGGGUUUAUCUCGGAUGGAACGUUUACCACGGUGCUGUUGCACCUGGAAAGCAGUGGCUAAGCGACCAGGUCCGAUGUAUUAAGCGAAUAGACCGCUCGAUCGACAGCCUCGUGGGCUGCUUGACCAGUGAGGAAGGUGAAGGUAAGUGGCCCCUCACGGCUACAGCGAGAGAUAUCUACGUGACGGCAGAGAUCGACACCCAGACGGUGCAAGUGUUGAAUGAGAAUAAGCUCGUGCUUGUGCGUAACAUUCACGGCGGCGUCAAUGCCCGGUAUUUAUGUCUGAUAGAGCGGGCCAGGCUUGAAGUGGUGGAAGGCAAGAGGAGGCUCAAGUUCUACUACGUCAUCGGAGACUCCAAGGCUAAUGCUCGUGGCCGCAAAGUAGAAUCGACAGGCCAAGACGAUGUUCAGUGGAUCACUGACGAUGGAGGCUACUCGCUGACGUUGAAUGAGGUAAACGAUUCGAGUGUCGAAGUCGUAUUCGACAGUCUGGCAAGUUUCGAGAGCAAAGAGCAGGCUCGAGGCCAUUUUAUUAUGUUCGGCCAUAUCGUCACGCGAUGGGAUCAGUUGGUCAUGUCCUCGAACCUACUUACCUGUUGA